GGAGACCACCACAGUUGCAUCGACCCCCUUUCUGGUAUUAUGCAUGCAAAGCGAGAGCUCCGACCGAGCGCUUGUUAGCGACAUGGAAGUCACUUCUAUAAAGUAGAGGAGAAACGCUUUGGAUGCGGCAACCGUACGGCAGAAAUCCCCGGCUGAGCGCGGCUUCAAGGGACAGCGGAAUACUAAAUUCGGGCUUGCUUGCAUUCACUUUUCUUAACGUGGACAAUCAUGGUUUUGUUCUUCUGGGGACUAAGUUUUUUAGUAUUACUCUCUGAUUUUGUGAAUGCACUAGCUUCAGCAGGGAGACCGCGAGGUUCAGAGAAAGCGAAAUUACCGCAGUUUGGCGCGUAUGAGAUUGUAACUCCGACCAGAGUGAAUGAAGCCGGUGACAAACUGCCAACGGGCGUGCACUUCAGGAGGAGAAAGCGGAGUACCGACCCAGUCACCGGCAACAUCACCCAUCAUUGGACUUCUCCGCACGUCUAUUACCAAAUAUCUGCCUUUGGGCAGGACUAUUACCUUAAUCUUACGCUCGAGUCGGGAUUUAUUGCGCCAGUUUACACUGUCACGAUACUCGGAGCAUCCAGUGAAGGUCAUAAUUCAGAAAAGGGGGAGGAGGAGGAGGACACGGAGUAUCAGCACUGCUUUUAUAAAGGACAUGUGAACGCUGGGCAGGAGCAUACCGCAGUAAUCAGCCUCUGCUCCGGUUUGCUUGGCACUUUCAGGUCACCAGAAGGGGAGUUCUUUGUAGAGCCACUUCAUAGCUACAAUGGUCAACAUUAUGAAGAAGAACACAUCAAACCUCAUGUCGUCUACAGAAAAGAUGCCUCAAAAAAGACUGUAGAUGAUUCGACUACAUGUGAAACUUCAGGACAUAAAGAGCCACACCACAGACACAGGAACAGACUGAAGAGAAAGUCGCCCUCGAGCAUGUUGUCCGACCUGGAGACUCUUAAUUCCAGGCUCUUCUCUGCCCCCUUCCCCUCCUCAGAAAACAAGCACAACUCUGCUAAUGAAAGCAGUGACUCCAAGCCACACCGGAGAUCAAAGCGUUUCCUCUCCUACCCCCGUUUUGUUGAAGUCAUGGUUGUGGCAGACAGCAAGAUGGUGGAACAUCAUGGAAGCAACCUCCAGCACUACAUUCUUACACUGAUGUCCAUCGUUUCCUCCAUCUAUAAGGAUCCCAGCAUUGGAAACCUGAUUAACAUUGUUAUUGUGAAAAUGGUCAUCAUAAAGAAUGAGCUGGAUGGUCCCAUUAUUUCUUUCAAUGCACAAGCCAGUUUAAAAAACUUCUGCAUAUGGCAGCAAAGUCAGAACCAUGCGGAUGACAACCAUCCCUCACAUCAUGACACCGCCAUCCUAAUCACAAGGCAGGACAUCUGUCGAGCACGGGACAAGUGUGACACUUUAGGUCUCGCUGAGCUGGGUACAGUUUGUGAUCCUUACAGAAGUUGCAGUAUUAAUGAGGAUAAUGGACUCAGUACUGCUUUCACCAUCGCUCAUGAGCUUGGCCAUGUGUUCAACAUGCCUCACGAUGACAGUAACAAAUGCAAGGAGGACGGAGUCAAGAACCAGCAACAUGUGAUGGCCCCAACGCUCAACUAUUACACCAAUCCUUGGAUGUGGUCCAAAUGUAGUCGGAAAUACAUCACAGAGUUCCUCGAUACAGGGUAUGGUGAGUGCUUGCUCGAUGAGCCGGUUUCUAGGCCAUACAGUUUGUCCCAGCAGCUGCCUGGACAGAUAUACAGCGUCAAUAAACAAUGUGAGCUGAUAUUCGGGCCUGGGACACAGGUGUGCCCAUAUAUGACACAGUGCAGGAGGUUGUGGUGCACCAGUCCAGAAGGAGUCCAGCGUGGCUGCCGGACCCAACACAUGCCAUGGGCCGAUGGGACGGAGUGUUCUCCAGGAAAGCAUUGUAAACAUGGCCUGUGCAUCCAUAAAGAGCAUGAAUAUGUUCCAGUAGAGGGGGCCUGGGGCGUCUGGAGUCCCUUUGGCACAUGCUCAAGGACCUGCGGAGGGGGAAUCAAGAUCGCUGUGCGCGAGUGCAACCGACCCGUGCCCAGAAAUGGGGGGAAGUAUUGUGUUGGACGCAGAAUGAAAUUCCGUUCCUGUAACUCUGAGCCAUGCUCCAAGCAAAAGAAAGACUUCAGGGAGGAACAGUGUGCCAGCUUUGAUGGGCGGCACUUCAACAUCAAUGGUCUACCUCCAAAUGUCCGCUGGGUGCCAAAGUAUAGCGGAAUUCUGAUGAAGGAUCGCUGUAAGCUAUUUUGUCGUGUGGCGGGCAGUACGGCUUACUAUCAACUCAGGGACAGAGUUAUUGAUGGCACGCAAUGUGGGCCUGACACCAACGACAUCUGUGUGCAGGGCCUGUGCAGGCAAGCAGGAUGUGACCACGUGUUGAACUCCAAGGCCAGGAGAGAUAAGUGUGGAGUGUGUGGCGGGGAUAACUCAUCUUGCAAGACUGUUGCAGGAACGUUCAACAUAGUGCAUUAUGGUUAUAAUGUUGUGGUGCGAAUUCCCAGCGGUGCUACAAACAUAGAUGUGAGACAACACAGCUACUCAGGAAAACCAGAGGACGAUAACUACCUCGCUUUGUCCAACAGCCGUGGAGAAUAUUUACUCAAUGGAGAUUUUGUGGUCAGUAUGUUUAAAAGGGAAGUCAGAGUAGGGAAUGCUGUUAUUGAAUACAGUGGCUCUGACCAUGUUAUUGAGAGAAUCAACUGCACUGACCGCAUAGACGAGGAGAUUAUUAUCCAGGUGCUAUCCGUCGGUAACCUCUACAACCCUGACGUCAGGUUUUCCUACAACAUUCCCAUAGAGGACAAACCUCAGCAGUUUUUCUGGGAUGUGUACGGUCCGUGGCAGGAUUGCAGUCUUUUGUGCCAAGGAGAGCGCAAGAGGAAGAUCUUAUGCAGUCGUGAGUCGGAUCGAGUGGUUGUGUCUGAUCAGCGGUGCCAUGGCUCUCCCAAACCAGCUGUAAUCUCUGAGCCAUGCAAUACAGACUGUGAACUCAGGUGGCAGGUUGUUCGCAAAAGCGAGUGUACAGCCACGUGUGGUCUGGGCUUCCGGACUUUGUACAUUUACUGCAUCAAACAGAGCAGGUUAGAUGGGAAAACCCAGAAGGUUGACGACCAAUAUUGCAACAGCCAGCGCAAGCCUGAAGACAAGGAGGUGUGCCAUGGAGACUGCAACCCUGGAGGAUGGGAGUACUCCCCCUGGUCUGAGUGCUCCAGGAGCUGUGGAGGAGGAACACGUCGUAGGAGUGCGGCAUGUGGAAAGUCAGCAGAAGCUGAUGACGAAAGCAAGUGCAACCCACAAGAAAGGCUCACAGUCCAACCUUGUAAUGAGUUCCAGUGUCCUCAAUGGAAAACUGGAGACUGGUCCGAGUGUUUAGUGACGUGCGGCAAGGGCUAUAAGCACCGCCAGACUUGGUGUCAGUUUGGAGAGGAGCGUUUGGAUGACCGUUUUUGUGACUCAUCCAAACCAGAUUCGGUACAGACCUGCCAACAACAAGAAUGUGCAUCCUGGCAGAUGGGACCCUGGGGACAGUGUACCACCACAUGCGGCCCGGGCUAUCAGAUGAGAGCUGUGAAGUGUGUGGUUGGCUCAUACGGCUCUGUCAUGGAUGACUCUGAAUGCAAUGCAGCAACACGUCCAACCGAUACUCAGGACUGUGAACUCUCACAGUGCCCUGUCACUCAUCCUGUUGCCCCAGAGACCAAAGUGAUGUCACAUCCUGGGCAUAAAACACAGUGGCGCUUUGGAUCUUGGACACAGUGCAGCGCCACCUGUGGAAAGGGCACCCGGAUGCGCUACGUAAGCUGUCGUGACCAGCAGGGUGGAGUAGCAGAGGAAUCAGCCUGCUCCCAUCUUCCAAAACCUCCUGCUAGUGAGGUUUGCUCCUCAGUGCCAUGUGGACAGUGGAAGGUUCUGGAAUGGACUGCGUGCUCCGUAUCCUGUGGUCAGGGUACGACUACACGGCAAGUAGUGUGCAUGAACAUCAGCGAUCAAGUUGUGGACAUAAGUGAGUGUGACCCAGAUGAUCAACCAGCAACAGAGCAGGAGUGUGCCAUGCCCCAGUGUCCGUCUCGCUCCAGCGACCACGGGGGCUUUUCACCAAACCCUGAUUCUCGGAAAAAAACAGAUCCCACCGGACGAACUGACCGUAACAGACCGGGCAGACCCCGGUUGCAUCAAUGGAGGACUGGACCAUGGGGAGCGUGUUCAAGUACCUGUGCUGGAGGUUUCCAGAGGCGUGUGGUGGUGUGUCAGGAUGAGAACGGCUACCCUGCCAACAGCUGUGAUGAAAGCACUCAACCUAUAGAGCAGCGCUCCUGUGAGUCUGGCCCCUGCCCUCAGUGGUUCUAUGGCAGUUGGGGAGAGUGUUCAAAAUCCUGCGGAGGAGGGAUAAAGACCCGGUUGGUCGCUUGUCAGCGGCCCAACGGGGAGCGCUUUAACGAUCUGAGCUGUGAAAUUCUUGACAAACCACCCGACCGAGAACAGUGCAAUACUCAGUCCUGCUAUAUUAACCCUCACUGGAGCACAGACCAAUGGAGCUCGUGCUCUGCAUCCUGUGGGAGAGGGUACAAGUACCGUAACGUGACUUGUGUCAGUCACUCGGGCCAGCCAAUCCCAGAAGAGAACUGCCUACACCUGCCCCUCCCACAAAAGCAAAGGCGUUGCAGAGAUGGGAGGUGCCCGAAGUGGAAGACAGGGAGCUGGGGAGAGUGUUCAUCAUCGUGUGGAAAUGGACUGCAGCAUCGUGAGGUUUCUUGUGUCGGCGGUGACGAGCGCAAGACGCAGGAGUCUAAAUGUUCCCGUCUCAUUCGCCCGCCCGAUACCCAGCCUUGUCGGGUCACUGACUGUGUCUCCCACUACAGGUGGGGCAAAGGAGACUGGCAAGAGUGCAGCAAAACAUGCGGUUCUGGUUACAAGGUUCGAGCAGUGGUGUGUUUGGAUAAGGAUGAAGGUGCGGUGCAUGAGACGUACUGCAUGAACCAGAGAAAACCAGCUGAUAAGGAACCUUGUAACUUACAACCUUGUGAGUUCAUCUGGAUUACGGGAGAAUGGUCUGAGUGCUCAGUCACCUGUGGUCAGGGAUAUCAGAGGAGGCUGGUGUCCUGCAGUGAGGUUCACGCUGGGAUUGAUAAUUAUGAGUAUAGUCUUAACUCUUCAUUAGACUGCCCCGGCACCCCUCCUGAGGACAUCUUGCCUUGCUUUCGGCUGCCUUGUCCUGCUCCACACACUUGGAGAGUGGGUAUAUGGGGACCUUGCUCCGCAAGCUGUGGAAGUGGUUGGACAGAAAGACAAGUCCAGUGUAUAUCAGCAGAGGGUGAGGUUUCUGAAAAAUGUCCCUCCUCCUCCAAACCUGAGGAACGGAAAUCCUGCAUCAGUCCUUCUUGCCACUUCCCCACUAACUGUAGAGAUGUACAGCUCCAGAAUGGUGUUGUCUCUGACGGUGAACAGACUUUAAACAUUGAUGGGAAAAUGUUAAAAAUCUACUGUUCAGAGAUGAACACUGACAGUCCUAAGGAGUACAUCACACUGAUCACCGGAGAAGAAGAGAACUUCUCUGAGGUCUUCGGAUACAGGCUGAUGGACCCCACACAGUGUCCAUCCAACCUAAGCAGGAGAGAAGAUUGCCAUUGUAGAAGAGACUACACAGCCGCUGGUCUUUCUACCUUCACAAGAGUCAGAAUUGACCUCACCAAAAUGGCUAUCACAACCACAGACUGGAAAUUUGCCUUCAUCCAUGAAGGCCAUAGGGUUCCUUUUGCCACGGCAGGAGAUUGCUAUAGUGCUGCCCGCUGCCCACAGGGCCGUUUCAGGAUCAACCUCUCAGGAACAGGAUUCAAGGUGACAGAUAGCACUAGGUGGAUUUCCCAAGGGAACUACGCCACAGCUGACAUACACAAGUCUCAGGAUGGCAGUAGAGUUUCUGGGAUAUGUGGUGGUUAUUGUGGAAAAUGCAUUCCCUCCUCCAGCUCUGGACUUCUUGUUGAAGUUUCAUGAUGAAAAAGGACAGGUCAGGUUCGCUGACGAACCGACAGGAAAGUGUAUGACCUGUUUCUAAACACUUAUUUCUACUGUCGGAUUUAAUUUCUUGUAGAUAAAAAUAAAAAUUCUAUGUGUGUGAUUUCUGAAAAUGCCAUACAAUUCACUUAUGAGCCAUUAUGGGGGUUGGAAAACCAUUAUAGUUUCUUUGGCAUCUAUUUUACUGGAUGUAUUCAUACACUACUGUUUAAAAGGUUUUUAAUGUUUUUGAGAACAAGACAUCUUUUAUACUCCAAAUGCUCCAUUCAUAUGAUAAAGAAAAGUAAAGUUUUAAAUAUAUAUAUAUAUAUAUAUAUAUUAAACUGUUUUCUAUUUUAUUAUAUUUUAAAAUGCAAUUUAUUCCUGUGAUGGUAAAAAGCUGAAUUUUCAGCUGCCAUUACUCAAAAGAAAGAAAAUCAUUUAAAUAUGCUGAUUUGUUGCUCAAGAAAAAUUAUUUAUUAUUAUCAGUGUUGAAAACCAUUGUGAUGCUUAAUAUCUUUGUGAAAGCCAUGGUACAAUCAUUUCAUUUAUAAGAAGUUUAAUAGUACAGCAUUUUUUACAUAAUUUUUUAAAUAGAAAUCUUGUGUUUUUGUCAUUUUGGAUCAGUUCAGUUAUCAGUUAGGGGUAAAACUCCAAGCUUUUCAAUAAUAGUUUAUGUUAUUCCUAAUUAUUUAUGAAUAGCAUACUGUUUCAGUGAUUCACAGAUGUGGUGUCUGGUAAGUUUUGAAUUUUUCUUGUAGAAGAAAGUAAAGCAUAUCUAGCUUUACUUUCUAAAGAAGGCUUGAGACAAGACAUGACCUUGAUGUGUUCAGAUGUACGUUUUGACAGAGCAAGAAACAUUUUAGUAGAAGAGUAGAGUUCAGAUGAAUAUCUGAGAAGGGUAAAGAGAAUCGUGUCUAGUAAAAGUGAGGAAUUUGUUUUUGUAGGUUGCACGGCUGGAAUUCGUUGAAGGGUUAUGAAAUGAGAAUUAAGAUACAACAGGGCGCUCCAAACAUGUGCUCAGAUGUAUCAUUUAGGGGGACAUCAGGUAAAAAUAAGUUUUGUACUUUAGGGUAUGAUCCCUGUGACAGCUUUGUGGUUUGUAGCUUUUAUUUCUGAGAGAUUUGUCAUCUUGUACUUUGCUCAAACUGUAUUUUAAGACAGUGUUUAAUAGCUUAAAGGAAAGUGAGAUGGUUUAGGAAGUUUGUAAUAAAUGCUGAGAAUGAAUUUAGGUCUUCCUAUGAUGUGAUGUUUUUUUUAGCAUUAUUUUUUAAUUCUACCUCAGACAUGUUGUAAGCUUUGAUCUGUUUGUGUAAUUAUUGCCAUAGCAAAUUACAUACUUAUUUCAUUGAUAGCUGCACUGCCAUUAUAUGUAUAUAUUUUUUUUUACUGUGUAUUUAUUAGGGUGGUACAUUAAAAUCUAUUGGCGCAUUAUUGAUUCCAAUUGGAAUAGUGAAAUAGUAUUAUUUUGGUAUAUUCAUUAUGCAGAACAUUGUGAUCGCAAAAGUCAAAGAUACUUAAAAGACGGGCCAAAAGACAAAGAAGCCAAUAUUUUAGUGCAAAAACGCAUUUUAUGAAAAUGAAUUACUAAAAACAUUUCCAAAUUGGUCUUUGGUGCUAUUUGUGGCUUACUUAGUAAGGACUUCAUACAUUUCAUACAGUUAAGUAUGAUUAUAAAAUGAUCAUGUUAAUUUAUUUGUGUGGUAACAUGUACCUUUAAAUGCAUAUUGAUUAUCUAAUAAUAAAAAAAUGAAUUUUUAAAAACAACACUUAUCUAGCCAUUAUCUAGAUUAUCUAAUAGAGCUAUUUUUAUUAAAUAUGGCACAGAACUAAUGUGACAUUUUGAGUAAUGCUGAAUGCCUGAAGCCAUGUAAAUGAAUAUGUAUUGUAUUAUAUCACUACAUACCAGUUAAUUUCUGGUGUGCAUGUGAAGAAAGUUAGAAAUUGCCAGAAAGAAACAUUUUAUACAAGAAAAUAUAAUUUGUACAAAUGUCUUAAACUGUUUUUCAACCCAUCUUUUAAUAAACUAGUAUUAUUCUCGUCUUUUUAUUCCUUUACAAAAUAUAGAACACAUGCAUUUUAUCGUUGUAAAUAAAUUUUAAAUAAUUGUAUAUGCAUUUUUCUGUAUUUGCAUUUAAUUUUCCAUCAGAAAACAUUUUCACACAUACAGUAUUUAUGUUACGUAACAUAUCACAUCUGCUUGAUGGUGCAGGUUAAGAUAUGACUUAUGUGUAUAAUUAUGUAUAUUUUUAUUGAUAUAUUGAUUGUGAUUUAAUGCAAUAAAUAUGUUUUGAUAAAGUCUUUGUUGUUCAAAUAUAAUGUG